AUGAACGCCAUAGUACCACCAGUUUCGCUAACAUCAAUACUAAAUCCAACAUUCGAUUCGUCGCAAAUAACCAAAGAAGAGCUCGACCUUACGCAUAUUUCGGAGCCGGGAAAAUUGGCUUAUCUAUUGCACAACGUCUUCACACCCGAAGAAUGUGAAAAUUUGAUCAAAACAUCCGAAGCAGCGGGUUAUUCAGAGGCAUUGGUUCAUAUCGGUGGUGGUCGACAGGUCCUGAUGAAAGGCUACAGAGACGGAUCACGAGUUAUGAUAGACGAUACUGAAUUUGUGGCCUGUCUGUUGCAACGCAUUUCGUCUCAUCUUCCUGCUACAUUUGCGGACGAAAGUUUGCUGGAAAUCAAUGAGCGAUUGCGAUUCUUACGAUAUGAUGAAGGCGAUCAAUUUCAGCCGCACUCUGAUGCUUCGUAUGGUCGUCCGGACAAUUCAGCCAGGACGCUCAUUACUUUGCAAAUUUACUUGAAUGAAAAUUUCGAAGGUGGUGAAACGACGUUUCUGCCGCGUCGUGGUGACCGCGCUACCAAAUCCGUUCCGGUUGUGCCGAAAACUGGAAUGAUAUUGGUGUUCGAGCAUAACAUUUUGCAUGAAGGUUCGUUGGUGAAGGGUGGCAGAAAGUACACGAUACGCACGGACGUUCUUUAUACGAUGACGAAUUAG